UUCCCUCCACAGUUGUCCGCCAGACGCGCACGCAUGCGCACGCGAAAACUUGCUAACCGGGAUCUACAUAACGUAUCUGCCAGAUACCAGACACAACGAAACGAUACGCGCUCACCGUUAGUCCGUAGGUGUGUCGUAGGCCUUGAUGAAGUAAUUGCAGGUGGUAUCUAACCGCACAGCUCUUUUUCUGGCCAACAGUUGGCUAAAGCAAAUAGAAAACGAGGCGCUAAAUGCGGCAGCGAAACUCCAAACAAACAAACGAAUCCAAAGUGAAAUACGUGAAGAAAGUACAAUCAACGCACAGUCCAAAAGAAUUUACCAGAGAGGAGAGGAGCAGGAAAUCAAUGAAAUUGUGUUUGCGGGCUAAUCUGGUUUUACUCGGAACACUUUGCUGCCUCACAAAUUGAUUUGUCAAGUGGCUAACGAUUUCGCCAAUAAAGCCUUGGCCCCAGCCAUUGUGUCCGGCCCAGACGGUAGGGCGUUCCUAAGCAGCUCAAAGUUCCUAAGCACGUAGAUGGCAGAUUCAGAGUCGGUCAGGCGGAUCCAAAUAAAUAAACAGCUUGGAACAGACAAAUUGCAGAGGAGACUGGCUACGGGUACGGCUACCCAUUGCGGCCCAUUGAUUGCCUUGCCAUUUCUUUGUGCAAUUGCAGGUUAAAGGUGUAAACAGCCAUCAACAUCACUGUCUCGGUGUCAGUUGUUUAAAGGAAGUGCUAAUCGGAGAGUGAAACUGAAAUUGAAAAUGCAUAGCCCGCCGGCGACACACAUACUCGUACAGAGCGUACAGAUGCUCCAUAAUUGGACGUCAAGUGAGAGUCAAUGCACAUCCUCAAAGCGGGCCAAAAGAAAUCGCACCUGCAAUCGUAUUUGCAGUCGGAAUCGAAAUCACAGUUGGAGCCACCCAGGUAGCAGCAUGGUCAAAUCAAAUACUUGGCUUCUGCUCUUGGCCAUGCUCUGUCUAAUCAACUUUGUCGCCAAAGCGGAUGAGACUGCACAGAAUGGACAUGGACGUGGACGCGUUGGCCGCCAUCUCUCCACAACACCUUUGAGUCACACAGCGACUGAGUCUCCUGACACAGCGACGGAGUCAGCGACAGUCACAGAGUUAGCGCCAACAGAAUCCGCCACGGAACUGGCACAGGAAGAGUGGCAGCCUGUGGUGAAUGCCACACAGAUGCCGAUGCCGACACCGCUCAGGAAGCAGAUGGAUGAAAGAGCCGGCAGCGAUUCGGUGCUGCUGCGUUUGGCCCGUCGCUUCACCAGCGGCAACGAGCUGUGGAAUGGCAUCAUUCGCGAUUGCUAUCUCCGGCCAGACAUCUCGUGUUUUCAAAAGAACGUUUUCAGCUAUCUAAAUGACGCCCUCGAUGUGCAGGAUGUGAAUGUGACACAGCGCCUCAAGUUCUUUAAGAAUCAAGUGCAGUACGAGGCGGAUAAGGAGCAGGAGCAGCACAAUGCAAACGAGAUUCCCAAUAGGGCGCGCGCCGCCCCGCUGGCGGAAACCCCCAUCGAGGAAGUGACAACGGCGCUGUAUGGCAAGAGUAUUAAAUUUGCGAUGACCCACGAUCUGGAAGUAGAUUUACCAGAAGUAAUGUUCAAUGGCGCCACAUUUCGCAUCUCGCCGCGUUCCAUCGAAGGAAAUGGAAUCAUUGCCAAGCUGGAGCUAAUACCCAAACAGGUGGUCAAGGCCCGGCUGGCUGGCAUGAUAAUCCAGAAGAAAAUACAAAAAUUUCUACGCAGUAAAAUUGUGCUGUCAUUCCUGGCAUUGCUGCUAAUCAUCAAAAUCAUCAAGAUCAAGUUAUUCUGGUUGCUUCCAAUCGUCAUUGGCGUUGGUGCGGCAAAGAAGUUGCUCCUGAAAUUCCUGCUGUUCCUGUUCCCGGCAUUGUCGCAUCUCUUUAAGUUGUGCUCGCACUACCAGCAAUCGUAUCAUGCACCCCUUAAGUACCACCACCACCAUCACCUAAUUGAUCAUCAUCACACGGUGGUUCCACCAUGGCACAGUGGAGAACACCAGUCGGUGCCUGACAUUAUCUACACGCACCCACCCAAGGGUCAUCCAUCUGCGUAUCUCCAUGGUGCGCCCGUGCACGAGAGCCAUGGACCAGGAUUCGAGCACUUUGAGGGCGCAUGGGAGAACAGCGGCCCGGGACUGGGGUCUGAAUACAUAGGCGAUAUAAAUCGCGCUGCACAAAUAGAGGAUAAUCCGCAUUAUUUUAAGCCGAAUACGGCGAAUGAUGCUGGGGUACUGCAUGCUUGGGGCCUGGGCACCACACAGACGUAUCCUAAACAGCCGCAGAACCAUCCACAGCAGCACCCACAGCAGCAGCAGCAACGUUGGCCUGCCACGCAACAGUCCAGGCCACCGACAGCCCAACAACACAAGCCGCAAUUACAACACCAGCAGCAGCAACAGCAGCAGAAAUUUCAACAACAAUUAAACGCCCAGAAAGUACAUGCCUCUAGUCACAGUUUAAAUCCAUUUCAAAGUCAGGAUAAACAAAGCUCAAGGCCAGCUUACACCCAGCCGCAUCCGGUAUACGUUCCAGGACACCAGCAGCCACAGCUAGGACCAGGAUCAGGACCCGGAGCAGGACUGACGGCUGCCGCACAGAUUGCCGCACAAUACGAGCCAGCACGCAACAAUCAGCAGCAGCAGCAGCAGCCACAGCAACAGCACCACCAAAAUUUGCAGGAGCCACAACUUUCGCCCGAACUUGCCGCCCAGCUGAAAGAGGCCAUACGCAUUCAGGCCGAGCAGCGUCUGAUCCAGCAGCAGCAGAAGAUACUCGAGCACCAGCCGUUUGUGCAGGACGGACAGCCGCUGUAUCCGCUCAACUAUGAUCCGUUUUAUAGUCCCAUACUGCUGAAAAUCGAUAAAAUCGUGGAACAACUGGGCGUGAAAAACGACCUGUGCAAGGAGCGCAUUGUGUGCAGCAUGUACAAGGAUCCAGCCACCUAUAGUCCGCACAGCAAUUUCGUUUCCGCUGAGCUCAGUCGCGAUACCAGCGAGCUGGAGCCCGUAACGCAUGCGAAUGAGGCCGUACGUCGCUUCUAUCGGCUCAUCCAGGCGGCGCGAGAUGGCCAGGAUCAAAAGGAUUGCCAGAGCCUCUAUCCACAGUGCACAAUGCCGGCAAAGUGAGGCCAAGGCGUGAGGCGGAACGAGUACCAGUACGAGCAACUUUGAAGUCAAAUUUUCCUUGUUAAAAUGAACUGUAAAUAGGAUAAUAAUGAUAGCACAUAAGCAUAAUUUAUUGUAAUUUGUUAAACUAUUAUUUAUUUAUUUAUUGUAAAGUAAGCGUAAGGGGUUGACCCGUGCUUCAUUAAUAUUCAUUCUGAUUUUGUUGCAGUUUUUCAACCAAUAAUAUAUUGAAACUUACUGCGGCUUUUGCGGUUCGUACACUCUUUAAAUUCCUCACACACGAGUUGUCUCGUACAUAUGUAAAAUUCACUAAAAAAACAAUUCACUAAAAUACGAAAUAAUGAAAUCAGAAUAUUUAUUAAUUGCCGGCCAGACAGACCCGGCUGCAAAUUCAAUUAGUCAAUAUGAAAAAUUGUUAUUAGAGAAACCCAAAAUGAAAAAAUAAAUUGAAAUUGUGUUAAAUGUCAUGUAAAAUAAAAUUCAUUUUUGGAUCACAGCACAGGGUGAUGCCAAUCCAAUCGUAAUGUUGGCAAUUCCAAAGAACUCUGACUCAAUUUACAGGUUAAUAAAAUUCGCAGGAAGAGUGCACUUAUCCACAGAGACGAAACCGACCAAUGCCAUGCCCUAAGAAUCAUCUUUAAAAAUACAUAAUAUUUUCAAGAUGAUUUAUUCGUAUAAAAGUCUAUUAUAUGAGCAAAUGAUUUUGAUACCACCAUAUGGUAAAUUUCAAAUAAAUAAAUAUUUUACCACUCCUGGGCUUAUCACUUUUGCUAAAUCAAUAAUCUUAAUCCAAGACAUUCU